UGCAGCUACCUCUGACAAAUGGCCCUCCAGUUCAUGAUGGAGAGGUCCCUUCUGUAUACGGUGGCUGCCCUCCUGGUGUGUUUCCCGACUUCUUCCCACAGCCAACUCUCCUCCAUGGUUGUCCCCAGUGUCCUGUGGGUGGAGAGUGAAGAGCAAAUUGUGGUGGAAGCUCAUGGGCUCAAUGCUGCUACAGAAGUGACUAUCUCUGUCCAUGAUUUCCCACAUAAGUCAAACGUCUUGUAUCAAAUCAAAGCUACAAUGAACGCAGACAAUGGCAUGAUGGUGACUCCUCUCAUAAAGGUUCCUGCAAAAGACCUAAAGAAGGAUCCUAAGAAAAACCAGUUUGUCAUUGUCCAGGCUACUAGUCCUCAUUUCACACUUGAGAAGGUGGUUCUGGUCUCCUUCCAAAGUGGCUAUAUCUUCACCCAGACAGACAAAACUAUCUACACACCUGGGUCUUCAGUGCGAUAUCGUAUCUUCUCUAUGGGUCAUGGCCUGGAACGUUUGGACAAAAAUGUGAUUGUUGAAUUUGAGACACCAGAAGGCAUUAUUGUCAGCCAGAAUACUUUAGAUCCCGGAUCACCAGUGACCCAGUCAUUCAAUCUACCGGAAAUUGUCAGUUUGGGAACCUGGAACGUUGUGACUAAAUAUCAAGAUUCCCCGCAGGAGUCCUUCAAGACACCAUUUGAUGUCAAGGAAUACGUAUUGCCAAGCUUUGAAGUUCACAUUGAACCACAAGAGAAGUUUUACUAUAUUGACACUGACAGAAAUUUCAAUGUGGCUAUCACUGCGAGGUACCUUUACAAGCAGAAUGUAGAAGGUGUCGCCUUUGUCAUUUUUGGAGUGAAAACUGAUAAUGAGAAAAAAAGCAUUCCAGAUUCAUUGAGGAGAAUUCCAAUUCAAAAUGGGAGAGCUGAUGCGGUGCUAUCAAGAGACAUGUUCCAGACCCGAUUUCGCAACCUUAAUGGGCUUGUUGGGUACUCUCUCUACAUUUCUGUAACAGUGAUGACAGAAUCAGGAAGUGACAUGGUGAUGGCUGAGAGGGGUGGCAUUAAUAUAGUGACAUCUCCCUAUCAUAUCCUCUUCACAAAAACCCCGAAGUUCUUCAAGCCAGGAAUGCCCUAUGAACUAAUGGUGUUCAUCACCAACCCUGAUGGUUCCCCAGCUGCCCGUGUCCCUGUGGUAUCAGAGCCCAUUCGGGCUGAGGCAACUACCCAGAACGAUGGGACAGCCAAGCUGAUUCUGAACACACCAGCAGACGCACAAGAGCUAAGAAUCACUGUAAAAACCAAACAGGAGAGACUCUCGGAUGUACGCCAGGCAACCAAGACCAUGGUGGCUACAGCUUAUCAGACCCAGGGAGGGUCUGGAAACUAUCUCCAUUUAGCAGUUUCAUCUGCAGACCUCAAGGCUGGGAACACCCUACCUGUCAAUUUCAACAUAAAAAGCAAUAAUCUAAACACAAUGAACGAAAUAAGAUACUUCACCUACAUAAUCUUGAGUAAAGGGAGGAUACUCAAGGUUGGAAGGCAACCCAGAUCAGUCGGGCAGAAUCUAGUGACUAUGUCGCUGCCCAUCACCCCCAAUCUCAUCCCUUCUUUCCGAAUUGUGGCUUACUACCAAGUGCAAAACAGGGAGAUUGUGGCCGACUCUGUCUGGGUGGAUGUGGAGGAUACCUGCAUGGGAAUGCUGACUGUGAAAGGAGCAACUGAGGCUGACAAUCAAAUUCAUCAGCCAGGAGCUGCAAUGGCAAUCAAAGUAGAGGGGGAUGCAAAUGCUCGGGUCGGCCUUGUGGCUGUGGACAAAGGUGUCUACGUCCUGAACAAAAAGAAUAAGAUAAGUCAGACUAAGAUCUGGGAUACGGUAGAAAAGAGUGACAUCGGCUGUACUGCUGGCAGUGGUAGGGACAAUGUGGGUGUGUUUGCAGAUGCUGGGUUGGCCCUGGAGACCAGCAACAAGCUUUCCACAAAACAGAGAUCAGAUCGGAAAUGCCCUCAGGUUUCAAAACAGAGGCGCCGUCGUAACUCCUUACAGCUUAUCGAGUCUAAAACAAGCAAAGCAACCCAGUAUGCUAACAAGGAGCUAAGAAAAUGUUGUGAAGAUGGCAUGUACGAAAACCCCAUGGGAUACAGCUGUGAAAAGCGUUCUGAAUACAUAGACGAUCAAAAUGAAUGCAAGACUGUAUUCCUUGAAUGUUGCCAUUUUAUCAAAGACAUACGAGAUCAGAAUCGACGGGAGGAUGAACUGCAACUGGCUAGAAGUGAAAGUGAGGACUUAAUCAUGGAAGAAGAUGGAAUUACAUCCAGGACUCAAUUUCCAGAAAGCUGGUUGUGGGAUACAAAAGUGCUAACAGAAGCUCCUAAUGAUGAAGGGAUCUCAUCCAAGAUAGUGCCUUUUUACCUGAAGGAUUCCAUCACAACCUGGGAGGUGUUGGCUGUGAGCAUUUCAGAAACAAAAGGCAUCUGUGUGGCUGACCCUUAUGAAAUAACCGUCAUGAAGGAUUUCUUCAUUGACCUAAGGCUGCCUUACUCAGUAGUCAGGAAUGAGCAGGUGGAGAUUCGAGCUAUUCUCUACAACUCUGGAAGACAACCUAUCAAGGUGCGAUUGGAGCUGAUUCAUAACCCUGCCUUCUGCAGCGCUGCUACCGCCAAGCAACGCUACAGACAUGAUGUCACUAUCAGGGCUCAUUCCUCUGCGGCAAUCCCGUUUGUCUUGGUCCCACUUGAGCUGGGAUUACAUGACAUCGAAGUCAAAGGGGCUGUCUGGAACUUGAUGGUGUCUGAUGGAGUGAUCAAGAAGCUCCGGGUUGUGCCUGAAGGAAUACGGAGAUCUCAUGUCACUGUCGUUGAGUUGGAACCCUCUAAAAAUGGGAAAGGUGGAGUCCAGGAAGUGCUGGUGAAAGCUAGAAGCUUAGACGAUAUUGUUCCUGGAACCGAAACUGAUACCAAAAUUAGCGUCCAAGGAGACCCUGUGGCUAAUAUUGUUGAAGACUCCAUUGAUGGAAGCAACCUGAAACAUCUCAUCGUAAUACCUUCUGGCUGUGUGGAACAGAACAUGAUGAGCUUGACACCGACAGUUAUUGCCACCCACUACCUUGAUGCCACAAACCAAUGGGAGAAGGUUGGAGUGAAUCGCAGGCCCGAGGCCAUCAAACUGAUCCAGAAAGGAUACACUCAGCAACUGACAUUUAAGAAACCAGAUCACUCCUAUCCUCCCUGGAGUAGCAGAACAUCUAGCACAUGGCUAACAGCAUAUAUAGUAAAGGUCUUUGCCAUGGCUUCCAAAAUUGUAUCUACUAUUAGUGAUCAGAUUGUCUGUGGAGGUGUGAAGUGGCUGAUUCUGGAAAGGCAAAAACCAGAUGGGAUUUUCCAUGAUGAGGCUCGUGCAAUUUCUGGAUCAAUGUCGGGAGGCUAUGUGGGUGCCGAACCAGAGGUGUCAUUAACGGCUUUCGUCCUGGUUGCAUUGCUGGAAUCCAGAAGCCUCUGUGAGAGACAUGUCAGUGUUCUACACAGCAGCAUCAACAAAGCUUCUAACUAUUUACUGAAGAAAUAUGACACAUUGAAAAGGCCUUAUACCACAGCACUCACAGCCUACGCUUUGGCCCUGGCAGGGAGACUGACUGAUGACAAAGUCCUCAUGGCAGCAUCUAAAGAUGGGAACCGUUGGGAAGAACGUAAUGCUCACACCUACAACAUCGAAAGCACCUCCUAUGCCUUGCUGGCCUUGCUGAAAAUGAAGAAAUUUGAGAGUACUGGCAAAAUUGUUAAAUGGCUGACAGAGCAGAGAUUUUACGGGGGAACAUAUGGACAAACCCAAUCAACCAUUAUGGUGUUCCAAGCUCUUGCCCAGUACGAAAUCGACAUACCAGCCCAAGAGGUCUUGAACCUGGAUGUUGCUAUCCAAUUGCCACAACGUCAAGAUCCAAUUCGUUACAGAAUUGACUAUGAUGGUGCCCUUCUGGCCAGGACAGCAGAGACCAAACUGAAUGAAGACUUCACUGUUCGUGCCUCAGGGCAAGGAAAAGCAACAGUGACUGUUGUGACACUAUAUAAUGCGCAAAUGAAAGCCGACGCAGCUCAAUGCAAGAAUUUCACUCUUGAUGUCACGGUUAAAACCCUCAGGCUGAGUCAAAAGGAGCUAAAGGGAUCCCUACAAGCUGUUGAGAUCAGAAUCUGUACCAGAUAUCUUGGUAAAGUUGAUGCCGCCAUGUCCAUCAUUGAUGUCUCCAUGCUCACUGGUUUUGCACCUGACAUUGACGACCUUAACAGGCUUUCUAGAGGAGUUGACAGAUUUAUCGCCAGUUAUGAAAUUGACAAAGGCUACUCUGACAGGGGGAAUCUUAUCAUUUACUUGGACAAGGUCUCUCACUUAACUGAUGAAUGUGUGCAGUUUAAAGCUCAUCAGUUUUUUGAAGUCGGUCUCAUUCAGCCAGCAUCCGUGAAGGUGUACAGCUAUUAUAAUCUAGAUGAGCAGUGCAUCAAGUUCUACCAUCUUCCCAAAGAAAGUGGUCUCUUUAGUAAGAUAUGCCAUGGUGAUAUUUGCCGAUGUGCAGAAGAAAGCUGCUCUUUGCUCAACAAUAUAGAAACAGAUGUCAAUCUGCUGCGACGAAGUCAACUGGCCUGCGAAGCAGGCGUGGAUUAUGUAUACAAAGCCAAGCUGGUUCGAAUAGAAGAGGAAAGUGCUUAUGACAACUAUUUCAUGCAAGUUCUGGAAAAGAUUAAAGAAGGAAGUGAUCCAAAUCCAGAAGCCAGUCCUCGCAGGUUUAUUAGCCAGAUGAAAUGCAGGGAAACUCUGAAUCUGAAGAUGAACAAUGAUUACCUGAUCUGGGGUGUCCGCAGUGAUCUGUGGCCCACAACGAAUAAUAUCUACUACCUCAUAACCAAAGAUACCUGGAUUGAGAGGUGGCCAAGUGAGGAUGAAUGCCAAGAUGAAGAAUUUCAGACACUCUGCAAUGAUUUUGACCAGUUGUCAUUUUCAUUAACAGUUAUGGGCUGCCAGGCCUAGCUGGAGUUGCCUGCUGUAUGUUAUUCAUGGACGGCUAGUUUUUGAGUUAAUGCUCAGAAGUCAAUUCCCUCCUGAAGUUUUAACGUUCCCCCUUUUUUGCUCUCCUUUUCCUCUUCAAAUUGUUUAUGCAUAAAAUAAAGGCAGAAUUUUUUACUGUA